GAUACCUCUCCAAACCCGUGCGUAAAACCUCUUUUGGAAAGACAUUCGGAUACUCAAAAGCUGUGUUUUGACCGGAAGCCAUCGCAUCUAAAGAAAAAAAAGAAAGGAAAACUCUGCCAGCUAUCGAUGGAAGACGUUGACUGUAUCUUUGGCUGACUUUUUUACGCGAGUGCAUCAGAUUUUUUUUUUUUUUUUAAUGAAACCACCCUCGGAUGCAAAAGUAAUCACAAGAUUCGCAGGUCAAUGCGAUUUUUGUGUCUCUUAGCUAUGUGUGCAUUGACUCGUUGGAGAUAAAGUGUCCACAAUAAUACCUUCUUGUAAGGGGAGGAGAAAGGGAGGGUGUGCGCACUCUCGCACUUCAGCCUUACCAGAAAAAGGGAAGAAAUCUGGGAGAGACGGCGGAAGAGAAGUUGCGUCUCCAAGGAUGACUUUAGGGACGGAUAUGUCCGACAGCUCUGCAUUGUCCGAAGAUGUGGACAUUGAUGUGGUCGGAGGGGACAUAUCCGUCGGGAAAGACGGGAAAUACAUUCACCACGAGUUCAACUUGGACAAUGACUCGGACGAUAAUUACUCCCAGAGCGCGGCGGAGAGAGGUUCCUCUCCGGGGCUCAGCAGCUCCGAAUGCCCGUCUGAGCCCCUGGGAUCCGGCGCGGAGUCUGGGACCUUGAUUGGGGACAAACCCCGGAAAAGUGCACUUGUGAAACCCCCUUACUCGUACAUCGCUCUGAUCACAAUGGCCAUCCUGCAGAGUCCCAAGAAACGCCUCACGCUCAGCGAGAUCUGCGAGUUCAUCAGCAACAGAUUCCCUUACUACCGGGAAAAAUUCCCCGCGUGGCAGAACUCCAUACGCCACAAUCUUUCCCUAAACGACUGCUUUGUGAAAAUCCCACGGGAGCCCGGUAACCCGGGAAAGGGCAACUACUGGACCCUGGACCCGGACUCCGCAGACAUGUUCGACAACGGGAGCUUCUUGCGCAGGAGGAAGCGCUUCAAAAGACACCAAAGUAGCGAAAUCCUCAGGGACUCCGGCGGCUUUCUGCCAGGGUUCGGAUACGGGCCGUAUGGAUACAACUACGGACUCCAGCUGCAGAACUUUCACGCAGCCCACAACCCUUUCCACCCGCACCACACCAGCGGAUCUUUCCCCUUCCCCAACGCCCCCUGCACCUUGCCGUCACCUGCAUCCAUAUUCCCCGCGCCGCAUCACUUGCCCUCCCUUCUCGGGACCGACCUGAGGAAGCCCUUUUACCCGCAGCUCAGCCCGUCCCUGCCGCCUCUCAAGACGGACUCCAGCUCCACGACGAGUCGGCCCUCCUUCUCCAUUGACAACAUCAUAGGAGCGGCCAACUCCAGCGGCUCUUCCUUCAGCGCGCAGAGCAGCAGCCAGGCUCAGAUCCUGGCCAUGCUCACCCCGGCGCUGACCUCCGCUUCCAGCCACCUGAACAUCUCCCAGGAGGGCCUGUUCCAAGCAAGCCCGCAGAGUCAGACUUUUCCCACCAAGACCUCCAACUUGAACACUUGCCCUUUCUAAAAAAAAAAAACUGAAAAAAAGUGAAUAAGAAAUAAUAGUAGUGGCGUCGUCCUAUGUGAAGGUAGGAUGAACAUUUUUGCUGCAAGAAAGAAAGAAAGAAAGAAAGAAAGAAAGAAAGAAAGAAAGAAAGAAAGAAAGAAAGAAAGAAAGAAAGAAAGAAAGAGUUUGUUUCGAGCUCUCUUGGUUUUCUGACAAUGUGAGAGGAGACUUUAUUUAUGCGAUGUAAAUAUAUGUGCAUAACACUGAGAGGCAGACAACUUAUGAAAGAUCAUAAAACACAAACACAACGCAGGCCUGCAACUCCGGUCUGCGGUCAUCUUUCAGAAGGUGAUGGGAUUUAAAAUAAUAAUAAUAAUAAUAAUAAUAAUAAUAAUAAU